AUGUCGAUAGCUCCACUCAUCACCUUCAAAGCAGGCAUUUGCGAUUUUGAUAGCUCCUCCAACCCUGCCACCGUCAAGCCGAAACCCACACCUGGCUACAUUUAUCUGUACUCUGAAGAUGAUCUGUUGCACUUCUGCUGGCGUCCCCGCAGUGCCCCCCUCGACGAGCCCGAGCUGGACCUGGUCAUGAUUCCUUCCGAUGGCACCUUCACCCCUUAUCCACCGGUCGGGAAGAAUACAAUCAACGGUCGGGUGUUUGUUUUGAAGUUCUCUUCGAGCUCCCAGCGAUACCUCUUCUGGAUGCAAUCUCACCCACAACACGAGAAUGGCGAUCCCAGCUGGUUCAGCCCGCGCGACCUGAGGGUGGGUGAGAUCGUGGAUGCCCUGUUGCAAGGUGAAGACGUGGACGUCCAACACGAGAUUAUCAACCUCCCGCACGGCGAUGAUGACGAGACUAUGGAGGAUGUCGAAGGCACUGACCAUGACCCCAACCACAACCACGGCGGAGGUAGCGGUGGAGCUGGUCCCGACGCUACUGGAGGCGAUAUCCGCGAGGAAGGAGAAGAAUCCCGUGAGGGCGGAGCCGACGGAGGACGAGCUGCCCCCUCCGGUAACCCGUCAUCCGUCGUUCAAGACUUCCUACGUUCCUUGGGCGGUGGGCAGCAGGGUCAAGCUCACUCUCAGGAUCCCGAGAGACCAUCUACAACACUUCAAGAUCUUUUGACACCAUCGAGCACCCUGCCAUUCAUCGAGACCGCCAAUGACAGCACUGUCGACCACCUCCUGAGUUUUCUUCCCCCGGCAUUACUCCUGUUGGCACAAGGGAACGCCGAGGCAGUCGAGGCCGAGACCGACCCUGAUCUCGCCCAGGCGGCGCUCCUAUCCCUCGAUCAUUCCCAAAAAAAGGAUAUCCUUCGUCGUGUGCUCCGGUCUCCUCAAUUCAUGCAGAGUUUAGCCAGUCUUACUGUGGCCCUCCGAGACGGUGGGCUGCCCAGUAUCAGCGAGGCUCUAGAAAUUCCCGUGGCGAACGGUGGCUUCAUGCGGCGUGGCGGUGUGCCCCUUGGUGGGGGUGAUGCAGUGGAAGCGUUCGUGGAUGGUGUUCGGCAGCAGGUGAAGGAGAAAGAUCAGUCGGGCCAGAUGGAAACGGAUUGA